UGAUAGUGUGGUACCAGAAGUUCGUUCAGGGCUGGCUGUUCGAACAGUGCGCAGCAGCUACCCAUACAGCGAUAACAGAGAAAAUACAAAUGUGCAGUGGCAUCGCCUUCAAUAUAUUAAACAAUCGACGGUGCGCUGAAAAAACUAUGUAGCCAUCCUCAAAGCGUCCCAAACAGGCUGUUUUUAUGUGAAUCAAUUGUGCUUAAUAGUGGAGAGGCAAUUUGUCCACGUGAGACCAAAGUUAAAAGAUAGAGUUCGAGACGUUCGUUUCUGAUAAUCUCUUAAUGUACUUCAACGAUGGAGGCCGGCGACAUAUCAAAAAAGCAUUUAAGAGCCUUAUGCGACGCGGUUCGACGGGCAGAAAGCUCUCAGGAUGACAUUCUUUUACGACAGCGCGUCAAGGAAUACGCUGAGAAACUAAUGUUCUCUUCGCCAUUAGAAUUUGGUCGUCAAGCCGAAGAUAUCCUUUGGAAAAAGGCAUUUUAUGAGCCUGUAGCCCGCUUUAAAUCUAAGCGGGACCAGAUGAGUCCACUACAACAGCGGUUAAUCGAGCAGCUGCUCCUUUCUGGUCUUGGAACAUAUCAGCAAGUGCUUUCCAGAUUGGAACUUGACUUCGGCGCCCCACUCAUCGGGAUCAUUGACGCCGCUCUCAGUCGGGUUGGCUGGGAUGUUACGAUUGGGCGCAGAGUAAACGAAUUUCCGGUGGAGCAACAUAGUGAACUCCGCGAGUGGGCCCUUCAGUGUGCCUACCGAUGUCUUCUUGCGCUUGGCGACCUCUCCCGUUACCUUCACGAUUUAUGCGGACAAGGAACAAGUGGUGUCUCUCCUCAUCGAUCGGCGGCAUUCCGUUUUUAUCAUCAGGCCGUCCUGGUUCGCUCAUCUCAGGGACAACCUUAUAAUCAGUUGGGGACACUGACUAAAGGGGAGCUCGCGGGCUUGAAGGAAACAUACUUCUAUUUUCGAUGUUUGCUUAGCUCAGAACCAUUUGCAGGCGCGAAGAAUAAUCUGAACUUGUUAUUCGACAAAAAUCGCACCGCUUUAGUCAUGAAAGGAGGUAUGCCAACUGGCGGUUGGGAAAACAGUAUUCGCGCAUUACUUUCGGUCUCGGAACUACUGUGGCAGGGGGAAGUCCCGAAGCCCACCAUGACAGCGUUUGUUAUAAGGUCCCUCCAAUACGACCAGCCGCUUCGUCGUGAUGCUCAGUUCUACGCAUUGCUUCUACUGUUAGCGCUAGACCGGAAACUCACUAGAAAUAACAGGACAAGAAACGAAAAGGAACUGUCGGCCUCAUGGAAAGUUGUGCGCGAUUUACUCUUUGCGUUGGGUGGCCGACUCAUUCAGGAACUGCAUCAUUGCCUUUGCCUGCGUACCUGCUCGAAACAUCCCUUCAAUGAGAUACGCGAAGUCAACCAUUCCUUAGUCAUCAUGGACGGACAACAGAACAAUUGCAUUAUUCCAGCGGGUCAGAAAAAUGGAUCUUCAGGUGAUUCCGGCUCGGGGAGCUUUAAACGCCUUUCAUCAAAGCCCAAAAUUGUUCGUCGGAGGAGAGCAUUCGGCGAGGGUGAUUCGGAAGACGAAGAUGAUAAUGGAGGACGAGGUGCUGGUGACGGCGGUCCAUAUGCAAAUCGGACCGGUGAACCAGAUUCCGACGAUGAUUUGCAAAGCCAAGUGCAAGAAACAGAACAGCUUAAGCUUAACGGCGGCUCAACGAAGCAAAUGAAUGGUCAAACAAAGGACAAGGCACCGGAUGAUGGAGGUGAAAGUUCUGAUGAUUCGAUGUCUACUGGUUGGUCGAGUAGUUCGGAUGAGGAUGACGAAUCUGAGGACGAAACGAGUGACGACACGUUUGAUCCACACACUAACGACGAGUUUGAUAGGAGAGCAUCCCAAAGAUCUGAUUCUGGGGGUAGAGAUAAAGCAAAUGGAGGAAAGCUGCCUUCGCCGCGUCUGUCGCCGUUGUAUACGCUAGAUAAGGCGCUCAGCUGCAGACAGCUCGUCAAACAGGUGGCCUCGGAAGAACUUCUACCCGCAGCAAAGCUCUUCUUGGAUUGGUUGGUGCUCUUGUCAAAUGACGCUCGGAAAGGCAAGAAUAGUGAAGAUGAUCAGGGCAAGAAGGAAGGACAAACUCCCUCUGGGCUUCCGUUACGUGUUCUUAAAUACGUAGCUGACCUAGCUAAUUUAUUGUGCGUGCUUAAACAUAGAGUAAUGCAUGGAUCAGACAGUACCAUCGAGCAUGUCCGGAAUAGACUCAACGAACUAUCCGCCCAAAACGCUGUAAGAAAAUCAGACGGUAGCAACGAGACGACACUCACAACCGAUACAAAGGAUUCAUAUAGAAAGGAGUUUAUUCUUCCAGAGGAUAUUCAUUUCUCGCUAAAGGCUUCCCCAGCUUUAAGGACAUCAGCAAUCUGCAAAAAGUCAGAAGAAAAUGCUGAACUGAUCCAGGUUGAGUAUGAUUGGAUACUCAGCUGGGAGGAACGAUCAAGUCUUGCAACUGCGGGCCAACGAGCCGUCUACGCUUACCCACAAGUUGCCUUUUUUAGGACAUGUAAAGCUUCGAUCAGGAGAAUAAGUGGGUAG